CAAGAGAAAAAGUUAUACAUGUAGCAAAACGUCUUUUGUGAUUUUUGCUAGUGGAAGCGUUAUUUUUAUCCAAAUUUUUUGUGAUGUCGUAAUAUUUGACAAAAUCUUUUGCGUGGUUAUCUAAUUAUUUUUAUUUAUUUACUCUCUUUAAUGAGAGGUGUGUCGAAAAUUUCUAUCAAACGAAGAGCAAAUAUUUUGACAGGAGUGCCUAGAAACCUUGAGCAUAUCGUGAGCAGUGAGAUGUCCAAUGUAUCCUAAACGGGUUAGGAUAAAGUCGACAGAGCUCAAUGGCUGAGCGCCUGAGCCCUCGAAGCUCUGAGGUAAACGCCCUAGAACAACGAGGCUACCUCAUCGGAAAGAAGAUCGGGCAGGGAUCCUACGCCACCGUGCAUCUAGCCCAGUAUUGCGAUGCGUCAAGUCCUAAGCGGAUGCAACUGGCAUGCAAAAUAUUCGACAAGGAGAAAGCGCCUCGUGAUUUUUUAGAAAAAUUCUUCCCUCGUGAACUCGACAUUCUAACUAAAAUCGAGAAUCCACACAUCAUUCAAGUACACAGUAUUUUGCAGCGAGGCCCGAGAGUGUUUAUCUUUAUGCGGUACGCCGACAACGGCGACUUGUUAGAUUUUAUAAAGCGUAAUGGCGUCGUACCGGAAAACCAGGCUAAAUUGUGGUUCCGGCAGAUGGCAAGUGGACUCCAGUAUCUACAUAGUAAGAAUAUAGCGCAUCGUGAUCUAAAGUGUGAAAACAUACUGUUGUCCAGGCGGUUCAAUGUGAAACUGGCCGAUUUCGGCUUCGCAAGAUUUUGUACCGAUGGAGACAAUCGCCGCGUGCUCAGCCAGACUUAUUGCGGCUCUGCCGCCUACGCGGCUCCAGAAGUGGUGAGUGGUACGCCUUAUAAUCCAAAGCUCGCCGACGUGUGGUCCCUCGGAAUAAUUCUGUUCAUCAUGUUGAAUGCAUCCAUGCCUUUCGAUGACUCGAACUUGCGCAAAUUAUUGAAGGAUCAGAUGUCGCGCAAUUGGGUGUUUAGAUCUAGGAUUCGGGACACAGUUUCGACGGCGUCCAAAUCGAUCGUGCGUCAUAUUCUGGAGCCGGAUAUAACGCUGCGUUUGACGCUGGAUCGGGUGUUGUCGCACGAGUGGACGCGGCCACGCAAAGACAGGAGCGGGAGUAUGGUGGGGCGGCUGGUGCAGUCGACGCAGAACGCGCCGCCCUGCAAGCGCGAGCACGAGGAGGCGGGCACGUCGGCUGGCGUGCGCGUGUCGGGCGACCACAGCGAGUCGAAACGCGAGCGUCACGAUGACAUCAACGCGCGUUCUCGUAACUAGACCACCCAUGGUUGAAAAGCCUACUGAACUACUUGCCUUACCUAUUUAACCCACACAGUUACAUAGUUGAAAACUCCCUUACAGUAAUAGUGCAUAACUUCCGGUCCAAAUUAUCAUGCCCUUGUACACUUUUGGACGUAAAAAUCGAAAAUUUACAUUAUUACCUUUAUUUUUUUUCUUAUUGAUGAUGAUAUUGUCCUCAAUAACGAAUAUAUUUGUUUUAUUAUUUGUAUUAAAAUAUCCAAAACACA